UCGCAUAACUUACUCAAGUUGUUUACAAUUGGUUUAGGUUGAUUCCUAGGGCUGUCGUCUUUGCGGUAAUCAUGAAUAACAUCUGCAUUUUGGAUAAUGGAGCUUACACAGCCAAAGUGGGCCUUGCUUCUCAAGAAGCACCACAACUCAUUCCCAACUGCAUCAUGAAAGCCAAGUCCGAGAGGAGACGAGCAUUUAUCGGCGACCAAAUCAAAGAAUGCAGAGACGCAUCCGGCCUCUUCUACUUGCUACCAUUCCAGAGAGGAUACUUGCUGAACUGGGACACGCAGAAAACCGUUUGGGACCACAUAUUCAGCCCCGAUUGCUGCGGAAUCAACUUGUCCGAGAAGACCCUCAUCAUAACAGAGCCGCAUUUCAACUUCCACAGCAUCCAGGAGGCAUUGACGGAAAUAUUUUUCGAAGAAUAUGAGUGCGACGCAUUGUUCAGGACGACGGCAGCAGACCUCAGCGCCUUGCACCACCUGAAGAGCAACACGGUCCCGGCGGAUUGCUGCAUUAUUGUCGAUAUGGGGUACAGUUUCACGCACAUCGUGCCGUAUGUGAAGGGCGAGAAGAUCAAGAACGCGAUCCGCCGGAUAGACGUAGGCGGGAAGGUCCUCACGAACCAUUUGAAGGAGAUUAUUUCCUACAGGCAUCUGAAUAUGAUGGACGAGUCGUACGUGGUGAACCAAAUCAAGGAGGACGUUUGCUUCGUCUCGAGUGACUUCCAGCGCGACAUGAAAACCCAGAAGUUGCGCUACCCCGAGAACACGAUCAUCCAGGAGUACGUGCUGCCCGACUUCACAACCGUCAAUAGAGGUUACGUGAAAAAACCUGAAGGUCCGGCUCCCGAACAACAAACCAUAAAACUGAACAACGAGCGCUUCACCGUCCCGGAACUACUGUUCAACCCUUCAGACGUGGGAAUUCAACAGAUGGGGGUAAGCGAGGCCAUCAUGAACGCACUGGACAGUUGUCCGCCGCCCGUCCACCAUGUCCUCCUCGAAAACAUAGUAGUGACCGGCGGCUGUGCCCUGAUCCCAGGAAUGGGGGAACGUCUGCAGACCGAACUUCGUGCACUGGCCCCGGACGACAUGGAGGUGAAAGUAAUCAUAACCGAGGACCCCGUGGCCUUCCCCUGGCAGGGCGGGCGAGUGCUGUGCCAGUCGACCGACUUCUCGGAGAUGAUCCUGACCCGGGAAGAGUACGAGGAGGAAGGCGUCGGCGCGUCCAUAGAGAAAUUCGAUCCGUAAACUUUGAAGUUUAUUUUGUUCAAAUAAAAUAAAAUGGAAAACACAAAUAA